AUGCUGGGCUCACACGCCCCUCUCCGCGGAGCUGCCCUGCUCCUCUCCAUCAGCCUCCUGACGCAGUGCUGCCUGCACGCCGCCCCCCUGCCCCCGGGGGAGGACGCCCACCGCGAGGAGCCCCGGCAGCCCAGCCCCGCGCCCCCCGCCAAGGAGGUCCGGGCGAGAGCCCUGCCCGCCCCCAGCCGGGAAGGCGGGGACGCCAAGGAGGAGGAAGACGACGACGAGCUCUUCCGAGACGUGGACCCCAAGGCCUUGGCCGCCGUGCUGCUCCAGGCCCUGGGCAACGGGGGCCACAACUCUCCGGACAAGCGCCGGGCCCCGGAUGAGGAGCGGGUGCAGAGCCAGAGCCGGAGCACCAGCCUGGGGGCGGGCCGGGCCCGGGAGCAGCAGCUGGAGGAAGAGGAGGAGGAGGAAGGCAGAGACAGCAGCUCCCAGGAGCUGGAGAGCCUGCAGGCCCUGCUGCGCGAGCUGCGGCCACUCGGCCCCGCGGCCAAGCGGGAACGCGCCCAGGGGGACGCCGGCCACAACGCGGUGCUGAAGGAGCUGGAGGAGUACGAGCGGCUGCGGGCCGGCACCAAGCGCCGGGCCCCACCAGCCGAGCCCUGGGCCGGCGCUAGGAAACUGAGGCAGCAGCAGCAGCUGGAGCACCAGCUCCUGCAGCGGCGCUACGAGGAACUGGCCGAGAGCCGGCGGCAGGCCGAGGAGGCCCGCAAGGCGGCCGCCGAGGAGGAGCGGCUGGCCGACAUGGCCUCCGACCUGCUGCUGCAGUACCUGCUGAAGGGCCGGGAGGACGAGGGCGAGCAGGGGGCCGACGCCCACGAGGAGGAGGAGGAGGAGGAAGAGGAGGGCAGGUUCCGGGGCGGCAGGGCCAAGGGCAGCCCCUUGCUCUUCGAGGACGAGGAAGGCAACGUGGCGGAGGACAAGCGCUCCGACGAGGAGGAGGAAGACGACGACGUCAUCGACCCCAACACCAUCGACCAGCUGAUCGAGCUCUCCACCAAGCUGCACCUGCCAGCCGAGGACGUCAUCGACAUCAUCAACGACGUGGAGAAGAAGAAGAAGGAGGCGGCGGCGCUGGUGGCGCCCAAGCACCAGGCCAAGCCGCUCCCCUAUGCCCUGGCCCGGCCCUACUAUCCUGCCGCCCCCUGGCGCCGCCCCAAGCCGGACGAGCGGGACUGGAAUGAGGUGCUGCACGGGGACGACUACCUGGCCCCCAAGAGGUACCUGGCCAAGCAGAACGACUUCUCCAACUACAUCCAGCCCAGGGCGUUCCAGCUGCCGCCGCCGCCAUCCUACCCCCACAGCCGCCACCUGCCGGGCUCUCUGGCACCCAGGGACGAGGCCGCCGCCGCCGGCCGGGCCCGAGAAGACGAGAUGGAGAACUACAUCGAGCAGGUGCUGAUGGACCAUGCCCAGGCGUUCCAGUGA